GAUCCACGUUCUGUUCCUUAGGUUCAGCGGAGCAGUCCUCCCCCACUGCCCGGGCUCCCUGCAAGAAUGGAUCUGCUCGGCUCCAUCCUGAGCUCCAUGGAGAAGCCGCCCAGUAUGGGCGACAAGGAGUCGCGCAAGAAAGCCCGAGAACAGGCAGCCCGUCUACAGACCCUUCAAGAUCAGGAGAGGAAACACAAGGCAGAGUUCAGGAAACAGAUGGAGGCACGAGUGACCGCCUUCAUAAAGGACAGCUCUGAGAAGAAGAAACGCUUUGAGCCAAUGGGAAAGCUGGAGCGCAGCAUACUGCACGAUGUGGCGGAGGUUGCGGGGCUGGCUUCAUUCUCAUUUGGCGAUGACGAGGAAAGCCGGCACGUCAUGGUCUUCAAGAAGGAGUUUGCGCCAUGUGAUGAUGAGCUGGAGGCGUACAGACGGGGAGAAGAAUGGGACCCUCUGUUGCACCAGCUCAAGCUGCAGGAACGAAAGCGGCUGGAGGAGGAGGAGGCGGCAGGGAAAGCCGAGGGGCCAGGGACGGCAGCUCCGGAGCCGCAGCUCAACUACCGAGACAAAUACCGGCACCUGAUCGGCACGGAGUCAGCCGAGCAGGCGGCACACACGCUGCACGCUAACGUCGCCUACGGCUGUGUGCCCACGGUGAACAAGCUAGACAAGCGCUCCAUCGAAGAGGCCAUGAACGACAUUCGGGCCAAGAAAAAACUGCGCGCGGCCAACACGGCUGAGCCGAGAUCGGCAGAGUCGGGCGGCACAGAGUCGAGCGGCGUCGAGACGAGCGUGGUCGAGACGACCGUGGUCGAGACGACCGUGGUCGAGACGAGCACAACUGACACAAAUGCUGCCGAGCCAAGUGGGGUGUAGACACACUGGGACACGCAGGAAGGCGCGGCAAGACACGGAUGAACGGGGGGGACAUGCAGGGAUGCACAGGGACGAACUGGGACAUGUAGAGAUGCAGAGGGAUGCACAGGCUCGUGCAGAAAUGUGCGGCGAGCCAUGGGCAUACACAGACACGUGGACACACUGAGUCUCGACACUGGUUCACAUUGGGACAUGCAAAAACUUAACUUGAAUAGAGAACUAGCAGAGACAAUUGAAGGAUGGAGUGGGACUUGCAGUGGCACAAAUGGACUCAAUUGAUUUCAUAAAGAUUGGGCAUGCAACUUAUCAAUUAAAAUCACGAUCAAUUCAUUGAAUUGCAUCUACUGUAUAGGAAUUGUUUUUUUUUCUUUCAAAAAAAAUAGUUUAAAGACUUUAGCCAAUCCUCUGCUGGAUGAUGGCAUCCUCGCGCCAUGUCAACCAUGGGGUUAUAAGAAUAGGUUUUCCCCCUUUUUUCUGGCAACAAAAAUGAAACCUUUUUACAAGGAAUCAUGUUUGCAUUAACCACAAUACUUGUGGUCAGAAUAAAAAAAAAAACCACAGUCUGAUCAUUUAUGCAUUGUCUUUGAAACUGAUUGGUCCACACCAGAGACAGCUUUCUUUCGUCUCAAAUGGUGCUAGACCAGAGGAUGCCAAAAGGGGUUGUUUGAUCAUAUUUCACCACACUGCUCAGUUCGAGUUGGGUAAUGGGAAGGUGCAUCAAGGACCGGUUUAGAUAUCACUCGCCACUGAUGACAGCCAUGUCUGUGAAUCGAACUCCGGUCUACGCGUUCAUAGCAUUAUACGUGAACCACCGCUUCCCCUUAAUUCCGAGACACCGAAUGUAAAGCAGAAAUCCAGUCAUCUACGUUGAUGUUGGGAAGGGGGGGGGGGGACCAUAUCAAUGAGCAUCCUGUAAUUUGCGGCACACUGCAGAGGCUAGAGCAAAUAAUGCACGAGUUAUUUUCGCACCGGCGCAGUGUGCCACGAAUCUUGGGGAAAAGAGCCACGCGAUUAAUCUACAAAUAAUUAGCAGAUUACAGGGUAAAUGCGCAAGUGGCUAAUUUAAUCUACGGUAAAUUUGCAGAUUAGGAGGUUACAUGUUUUCUUAGACCAAAAUGGCCUAAAUCUGUCAUGGAUCUAAGAUAAAGAAAGGACUUUUAGCAUUUUUUUGACUUUAUUGACAAUAUUUUUUACUGAAUCAAAAUCCCUGACCAUUAAAGCUCACGGAAUUGCGAGGAAGGCGAAACAUUACAUGGUUAAUAAAGUCAUGCUAUGGGUACCGAUGCAUGACUAUACACUGCAACUAAUAGGAAGACAUUGGGAUACACAAGGACACAAGAACACAUGGAGAAAUACGGAGACACAGGGAGACUGCAGCACUCCCGAGGACAUACUGCGAUACACAGACACACUGAGAUGCACGGAUAUAUUAUAGGCAGUGGGUGGUUAUGUCUAACAACUGGGAUUCGCAUGCAGACAAUUCUGCAAGCUUGUUGAAGCCUGACGCAGCGGGGGACCGAGUGCAAGGUCAAUACUAGGAGAGUAUUGUAGUUGGCUAAUGUAAUCGGCGAACACAUUUUAUUAGUCGAGACAAUGUCCGAUAACGAGACGGCACGAGGUCACCAGGAGUAGUUUUCAUGGUGAACUUUUGCACUAUGAACCAUGCCCUUUCGUUUUGAGGCUUCAUUCUCUCAAAGAAUGUAUUUCAUAGUAUUGCAUAUAUUUUCUCAUUCUCCCCCGUACAACCCCCAGAACCACCUAUGACGGCACAUGCACUCAAUACGAGCAAACCACGUAUGUGAGCACGACUGUGCGCAUGUACAGCACGCAACGCUGCAUGUGUGUAUUGCGAUUUUAUGGUUAUUUCGAGGAUUGUCGAUUGUUUUAUUUACCAACGAAUGAAAGUAUUUUGCGACCAUGAGCGCCGCUUGUUUUGUUGCAUCAUGCGUUUUCAGAUUUAACUGUUGUUGGCUUAAAUUGUGUUUGUAUAGUGUAUCUAAGAUUACAGAAUUAAAGACGGUAUGUAUUUACAACGA